UCAUAUCUUGAUACAUACUAUUACCAUUCACAAUAACCAUUUCUUCAAAACAAACUCUCAUUAACAACAAUGGCAUCAAUUGCUGGUGUUAGCCUCUCAAUUCCAAGAGUCUUGGCCAACCCAUCAUCGGACUCACCCAGGAUCAUUUCGGGCCUAAAGCCCACAUGUGUCAAGAUGCCCACCAUCAUGACAUCCGGUAGGAUGUACUUGAUGCCAGUGAGGGCCGCCCCUGAGGGUCUGUCAGAGAAAAUAGACGCUAGCAUCAAGAGCGCUCAGGAGUCGUGUGCGGAUGACCCCGCCAGCGGUGAAUGUGUGGCGGCUUGGGAUGAGGUGGAGGAGUUGAGUGCGGCGUCUAGCCAUGCUCGUGACAAGGCUAAAGACUCGGACCCUUUGGAGACUUACUGCAAGGACAACCCUGAGACCGAUGAGUGUCGUACUUACGAGUAAUUGAUGGUGUUACGUCGGGUAAUAUUGUUAUGUGGAUGAUUUUAUGUAUGGUGUGGACAAUUGAAUUACAACGGUCGAUCUAGAUAUGUUAUGUAUGAUGAAAACAUGUUAUAUUAAUAACUCAAUCAUAUAUACCAUAAUUAUAUUUGUUACAUGAUGA